UAGAGAAAGUUACAUAUGGGGAAAAUCCCAGAACAUAGAGAAUAACGCACAAAGCAUAUAUAUGUAUUUUAUAAGAAGAAUAGGAGAAGUGAUGAUAUGAUCUAACCGAAGGUGAAGAUCAUAACACACGGUUCAUUCUGAAAUGGUGAUAGGCCAACUCAUUGACGGUCUAUUCAUCACAAGAAAAGUAGUCGCGUGUAUGGAAGAAAAGGCACAAUGAAAAUGAAUAGUUCACGACGAGUUGAUCAGUCAUAUAUAAAAGAAUAUCGCACUUUUCUAUUUACACACAAUUGUAAGAUGACGACACGACACGUACUGUACUAUUAUUAUUGUUUGUACUUUUUUCUUUGUUCUAGAUGUCUUUGAAAACAAACAUUUAUCAACGACCUUAUCCAAAACAACGUUUAUCGAAAGAAAACAAAAGUUAUUCGUGCGUUGCUUAUAUUGAUGAACCAUUAAAAUACAGUAUCGUUGAUUCGAAACGAUUGUCACACGUAGAUGAUCGAGGUUAUGGCACACAAGAAUCCAUGGAAAGAUAUGGUCAGUUAUUGGAAAAAGCAAUGCAAUCUAAAAUGCACGAAGAAGUUCCUUCUGAUUGUGAAGAUUGGCGAGCAAAACAAGAAAAACGAAAUCAAUCAAAAUCUUUCACAACACCAUCCACAACAAGUUCGAAAUCAUCAAGCAAACAAUAUCGAGAAACUCCUGCAUCGAAAGAAUUUUCAUUAAAAAAAAUUCCCUUUGGUCAAACACCACUGGCUACUAAUGAAUCACUUCAAACAUCGCCCUCGUUGUUACCACCUGAACCUCAUUUACCUGAUGACAACCUAAACUCAUAUACACGUACUCAAGGCCAAAAAGAAUUUGAUCGCGAUUCAUCAAGUUCAGAUGAUGACGAAAGUAAAAAUUUUGAUUUAACAUUACAUGAUGAAGAAGAUGAUUUGCAACACGAUGUACCAUUAAAUUUUAUACUACUGACAUCAACUACAAAUUCAAAAAAACGUGUCUCAAAGCAGCAAAAAAAAAUACCAAUUGCCAAACGUUUACGUUUUACAACCGAUCAUGAUGACGGAAAAAAUGAAGAUCAACAAAUGGAUUUACAACAAAUAUUAAAUUAUAUCAAACAAGUUAAUGCAAAUGUGCUACAAUUGCAGAAGCAACAACAGCAGAUAACAGUCAUUUUAGAGCUCCAAGAGAAAUUUUUAAACAUAUUAAGGGACGGUGUUGUCGUUCAAUUAUUAAAAACAUAUGGUACAAAAGAAAAUACAGUUAAAUAUGCUUUAAAAUUAAUGGAUUCACUAUUUAUUGAUAAGCAAGAUUUACAGAAUGUUGAUGUUAAAAAAAUUGAUGAAGAUCCAAGAAUUAAAGCAAUAUAUGAUGCCAUUAGGCAAAAAUUCAAUUAUUCAGUAAUGGAAAUGGCAAUGAUUUGGCCGCCUGUUCAUGAUUCUAUUCUCAGCAAACGACGCAAUCAAGGAAAAACGUUACAGUUGAAAGCAAAACCGGAUGAGUCCAUUACAACUCCUUCAACACGGCAGGCUACCAAUCAAAACAACAAUGAACAACCAGGAGAAACAUGA